AUGAAUAACAGUCCUAACAGCCACUUGGGCGAUCCCAAUCACGCCGUUGCCACUGACCUGCCUCAUCGGCCUGCUCCGAUUUCCAGUACUCGUUCGGGAACCGCAGGUCCGGAACGACGCCGGUCCACCGCCGGGUCCAACUCAAUUUUUAACAGCAACAACAACAGCAGCAACAGCAAUGGCAACGCUAGUGAGUCGGUGUCGGGCGAAUCCCCGCUUGCCCCUCACGACCAUCGCUCCUCGUUGAGCCACAAUGCGCUGCGUACCUCUAGUUCCUCCAGUCUCGGGGGUAGUCCAAUCAUCGCCUUGGGGGACCCGCAUCACCAGCGCGCGCCCUCGUUGGGGGAACUCCAUCAGGAAUUAGAACAGGAGCAGGAAGCGCAGGUGAAUCGACUGCUGCAGAUGAUCCGCAGCCAGCAGACUCAAUUGCACCAACUCCAGCAACAGCACCAGCAGCUGUCGCACCCGUCGUCCGGCACGGCAGUGGUCGACGACGCUGCCGUCCCCUUUCCCCCGGUUCCUCCGCACCCCGCCUCCGGUAGUCGGGCAUCGACCCAAUUAGCGUCCUCUCUGUCGAGUCGGCGCCCCUCCCGGCCCUCCAGUCAAGCCGGCUCACCCAGCCUGCGUCCCCGCGCUGAUUCGUCACGCGGCCCGGAGGGACUGGAGUGGGUUGGAGGCAUCGGGGAGAGCCCUGUCCGGCGGGGAAGCAGGGAUGAAAGUGCAUUCUACCAGGCUGAGGCGGCUAUGCUGACCCGGGAGAAUCGGAUGCUGCGACAGCGCAUUCGCGAGCUGGAACGCCAAGUCAGCGAGCUCACUGUUGGUGCCCAACCACUUCAACGUUCUGCGCUCUCUGGCAGCCAGGACACCGACAAUGCCGGCGUUCAGGAACCCGCGGGACGAGGAUCGGCAAGCGACUUGUCGGACAAGACAUGA